GUCAAAAUUAAAGUGCAAAGUGGUAUGUUUAGAUUUUUUAAUAAUUUGCAGAUAAUUUAAAAUUAUAUGGUAAUUAAAUUAAUUAACAGUGUUGUGCAUGAUAUUAAUAAAAUACAGACGUUAUUAUCUAUCUUAAAAUGCAUACGAGCAACUUGUGUGACCUGCGUAUAAACAUAUUUUUCGGAAUAAUCGGCGGCUAAUUAGUGAUUCUUGUAAUAUAAUUUAGGUGAAUAAUCGGUCCUUAGAUAAUGGACCAAUGUUCCGGUCGUGUGGAGGGCCAAGAAAAUGUAAAAAGGAAGCUUUGAAAAGGAUUUAUAUUUCCACAACAUUAUUUAUUUGAUCGAAGUUACAAUGGAUACGAAAAUCUUGAGACAGAACUGAUUGAAAUCGAUGCUAUCUAAUUCUAAUAGCAACGAAAAAUGGAGACCAUCGAAUUCCAAACCACGUCCGAGAUGACGACAGAUCUCCAGACAGACACCGUAAUAAAAGAAGAAGAAGAUUCAGACCAAAUAAUACCGGACGAAUUACCUUUAGACAUCAAAUCCGAAAUGCAUGUUGACGAAGAUAUACAAGAUCACUUAGACAAUCCGUUCAGCGACGUACAGUUAGAAGUUAAACAAGAAACAAUACCCAUAUGCAUAGACAAAGAAAGCAAUGAAAAUGUCGAAGAGAUAAUACCAACGAUGAACGAGUUUGAAGAAAAAGAUGAGGAACACUACGUUACCGCACCAAAAAUUGAAUUUUUUGAAGAAAAACCUGACUUGUAUGAAGAGAAAACAGAAUUAUACGAUGAAAAACAGGAAAUAAAGGAAGAAAGUGUAUUGGGAGACGAGUCCAUAGUUACGUAUGAUUACCCAAAUUUUGAUGACGUAACGAGUAUGGAUAGCAAUGAUGCGGCCGCUUUGAAUCAGGUGGAGGCCUGUUUGGAAGAUGAUAUGAAUAUCAAGUGUGAAGAUGACGAUGACGAUGACAAUCAGAAAGAAGACUACGAGAAACUAGACAUUAAAGAAGAAUCAGAUGUGACAGUAACGGAAACGCAUUUGAUAUCAAACAAAGUAAUUAACACUACAUCAACAAUCACAAAUCCACACGAUGGUCUCAUUGAGUCCAAAACUACAAAGACUUUAGUCAUGGAAAUACUGCCCAUGUCACAAACUAGUAUGCGAUUCUCCAAAAUCGGCAAUCCAGAAGAAAUCCUCCCAACAACAUAUGAACAUAGUGAGAGCUACAUGGACUACCAAGACUCAUUCCAACUAAAUUCCAUUACUGGUAACGUCCUCUCCUUAGAACAGGAAGCGUACGGUCUUCUCAAAGCUAAAGGAAAGACGAAGGAAGUCGACGAUCUUGUCUUCGAAUGCCCAAAAUGCACUAAAACUUACCGCCAAAAAACUUGUUUGAAAAGACAUUUAGCAGUACACGAUAGUAUUGAGAAACGUGCCCAAGGUCACAUUAGAGCUCAGGUCACAAGGAAAAAUAAGAAGCUUAAAGCAGAAUUGGAUGCUCCAAUUGUGAAAAAAGAGGAAAGAGUGAAAAAGGAGGGGUAUGAGUGUACUUGUGGCCAAGUGUUCCAACGAAGGAGUCGGAUGGAAACGUGUUUGAGGUCGCAUAAUCUUUUCGCCGACACUAACACUUACCCUUGCGUGUCUUGCAACAAACAGUUCAAAGAUAAAGAAGAACUAUCCCUCCACCGCAAACGACUGCAUAGAAAAAGAUUUCCCUGUAAAUUCUGUCCUACUGACUACAAUACGAGAAAGGAACUCUUCAAACAUCUCCAAGAUCACCAAAAAGUCCAAUUAAUGGAGUACAAAGUGAUUUCUGAAGUCGUUAAAGGGAAACAGAAGCUCAAAUGCUUCAUGUGUCCAAAGAGUUACGUGGAACUGUCUGAUUUGAAGUCCCAUGUCAUGGAUGAUCAUAAAGAACCGUACAGUUGUCCGAGAUGCAAGCGAACAUUCUCGAAAAUCAUUGAUUUCGGCAAUCAUACCAAAACUUUCCAUCCAGAAGUAGAAGGCCAAUCAGUCUUAGAUGUUCUAGAAGCCUUCUCGAAGUUAGUGAAGGCCUGGAAAUGCGAGGAAUGUGGCCUACAGUUCCAUGAGGCCGAUAAGUUGGCUGUGCAUCAAAUAGAAAAGCAUAGUCCGGAUACAAAAGUGGAGGCUCAAUUCCAAUGCGCGGAUUGUCGGAGAGUUUUCGUCAGUCAGAAAGGGUUAACAUCACACAGACGGAUACAUCACAGUACGGAGAGCGUAGAGGAAUCAGAACCUGUAGAAACAGGUGUAAUGUGUUUAGAAUGUCGAAAGAUUUGUAAGGACAUGAAUGCUUUAGUCUCUCACAUGCGUUUCCACUCCCCAGAAAGGAAGUAUCCUUGCAAAUUCUGCGAUUUUCGUUUCGCUACCCCCGAAAAACGGAAAACACACGCCGAGAUCCAUACAGGGGAUAUGAAAUACGUCUGUUUCAUUUGCGAAUACCAGUGUAGCUCAGAAAAUCGACUGAAACAUCACAAAUUAUCGUCUAAACAUAUUAAUAUGAAAGAGUUUUUGUUGACUGGAAAGCCAUUACCACAACAACCAGAGUCUUCUAAACAGGAGAAAGUGAAAGAGACUUUGAGGAAGAGAGAGUGGGGGAUUAAGGAGAAGAAGAAAAAAGAGAGAGUGAAAAGUGAAUCACCUGAGAGUAGUGAAGUGGCUUGUGAUAUUUGUGGGGACAUGUUCCCGAGUGAAAGUGAAAUGUUAGAACACAAACAGACACAUCCUUUUAUCGAGUUCCCUAAUGAAGACAAACCAAGUAGGAUAUUCUUUAAGUAAUAUAAUUCUUGCCUAAAUCUGUUAUAGUGAUGUUGCUAUAGUUUUGUAAAUACAUACAGAAAAAAUAUUCUGACGAAUAGAGAACCUCUUACUCAUUUGAAGUUGGAUGAAAAUCUUACUCUGUCGUACAAAUUAGAAAGGUACGCUUGUUUUUUCGUCUUCCAAAG